AUGAAGCCGGCAUCGGCGUGGGUGCUACUCGCAUCGGUGCUUGCGGCGGCUGGGGCGCCCGCAGCGGCGGCGGCGGCGGACGAAGCCGCGCUGCCCUGGGCCCGCCCGCCCGGCUGCACCCCCUCCACCUGCGCCGGCUGCACGCCGUACCGCGUCUCCACCGACAACUUCACGGACAGCAGCGGCCAGGGCGUGGUGCCGGCGGACGUGUGCGGCUCUGACGGCGCCUACUUUCCGGUUCCGGUCGAGUACUUUGCCAACUGCGCCAAGUGGUUCCCGUACAGCUGGCGCUGCCUGCCCUGCUGCUCAGCCGGCUGCGGCAAGGCCGCCUGUAAGUGGGGCGGGGACGGCGAGUACAACGCCACCCACGGCUGCUCCGCCUGCCCCGCCGCCACGGCGCCGCGCCUGCUGGAGCUGCCGGCGGAGACCUGCAGGUCUUGCUUCCGCAGCAGGAAGUGCUUUGCCGACCAGCCGACAGAGUACAGAGUUUGCGAGGCCAAGGCGCCCGGGCAGAGCGUCACACAGCCCCCCGCAGCCGCCGCCAGCUCGCCACCAGCGGCGUCGGCACCGACGCCGGCACGGGCCAAGAGCCCGCCACCUGCCGAGGCGCCGCAGCCGCCAGAGCCUGCACAGCCGCCACCGGCAGCUGCAGCGAAUGCACCGGCCCCCGAGGUCCCGGCGGCGGCGCCAGAGCCGCAGCAGGCUGCAGGGGCCACCUCUCAGGCGGCGCCGCUGCUGGCGCUGCUGCUGUGCGUGACAGCUGGCCUGCUGCUGUCGCCCUGA